AGCCCCCCACUCCAGCAGGCCUGCAGAGGACUGGCCUUCCUGGAGACCCCCAAUGGCCUCGUGCGCCCGCAAGACCUUUACGAUCCCCAUGAGAGCACCUUGCAGGCACUGCUGGGCCCUGAGCGCUUUCCUUCCGCCGCCUUCCGCAGUCCACCUGUCCUCCGUGCCUUGAGAGCCCUGGGCUUGCGGCGUGGCGAGGGGUGCCUGGUGCCGUCGGACAUCCUGCAGGCUGCAGCAAGCGUGCGUCAGGGCAACACGGCGGCUCUGAACAGGGCUCAGGCACUGAUCAAGGUCUGCAACCGCCCCAAGGCACUGGCCAGUUUCAGCGCCGCGGAGCUUAGGCAGCUCCAGAACUUGCCAUGGGUUCCUCGUUCCAAGUGCACUGGAAUGCCUAGGCAGCCCUUCCUGCCCCCCAGGGAGCUGCGGUCCACCCAGGAAGUGGAUGAGGUCGGCCUCGCGCUCCAGCCGGUCUACCAGCACAUGCUGGGAAACCUGAAGACCUUCAGGGCUGCCCCGGAUGAUGCCGUGGUGUGGACCGGGACUGGGGUCCUGGAGGCCUCAGGCUUUGCUCUCCGCCCGGCUGCCUCUGCUGUGUACCUGGACAUGGAACUGGAGGCAGAGGAGGAUGUUCAGGAGGUGGUGCAUGAGGCAGUGCCAUCCAGCACAGCCACGUUCUUCGGUGCAGAGCUUCUCAGCACGCGGGUGCUGGGGCCAGAGCCGUUCACCACCUGCGGCCCCUCGGAGCCCAUCACCUUACGGCUCCGCAACAUCCUCCGGGAGUACGGUGAAGAGGGCGACCUCUUCACAGAGAUGGUCCAGAACGCAGAGGAUGCCGGAGCUACUGUGUGUCGCUUCCUCCUGGACCUCCGGCACUUCAAAAAGGCCACCUCUGGGCUGCUAGACCCUGGCAUGGUGGCCUGCCAUGGCCCGGCCCUCUGGGCAUACAACAACGCCCUGUUCACAGAGGAUGACCUCCGUAACAUCACACGGGUCGGGGCUGCCACAAAGGAGGGCCAGGCAGGCCGGAUCGGUCGCUUUGGCUUGGGCUUCAGCUCCGUCUACCGCGUCACGGAUGUGCCGGCGGUGCUGAGUGGGGAGACACUGCUCAUCUUUGAUCCCAACGGCACUCAUCUGGGCAAGCACAUCCCCAGAGCUGGCUGCCCUGGCAUUCGCCUGGACUUCUCCAGCCGACCGCGCAUCCUGCGUGCUUUUGCCGAGCAGUUCUGGCCCUACCACGGUAUCUUUGGGUGCCACCUGCCUGAGCCAGGACCCUUUCCAGGGAGUCUUUUCCGCCUGCCUUUUCGCACUGAAGAGGAAGCUGUAACAUCGCAGAUUUGCUCGGAGGCCUUCGGAACAGAGCGCAUCCAGUCCCUUGGCACCAGCUUCCUUGGCUCUAACCGGCUACUGCUGCUCUUCCUGCGGAGAGUGAGGGAGAUGUCCCUGGAGAUGCUGCCAGACAUGGCCACCUCUGUAGAGGAUACCGUGCCUCUGGCCACGCUGCGGAGAAAGGAGAUCCAAGACCUGGGAGCUCCCGGGGAUUCUCCAGGCUGGGCAGCCAUUGAGCAGCUCACAGCCUGCGAGGAGGCAGCCAAGACCACAUGGCAUUACCUAGUUUUGGUGUGCCAGGGUGAUGGGAAGUUGCUGGAACCAUUUCACCAGAACACACAGGCAGGGCUCCAUGCUCUGCCUCCCGUGGCUGGUGUGGCCCUUCCCCUCGCCCUUACUACAGAUGGCAAAUGGAUGCCACGUCUGGGUGCCGAGGAGGGGCGAGUCUUCUGCCACCUUCCCAUGCCAGUUGCCUCGGGGCUGCCAAUUCACGUGCACGGGGCCUUCAGCAUCCUCUCCAACCGCAAAGGGCUGUGGGACACGGCUGAGCGGGGCGAGUGGAACCGGGCGCUGCUCCGCAAUGCCGUGCCGGUUGCCUGGCUCCGGGCGCUGGACCACCUCCGCACCAUGCAUGAGGCAGGUGAGUUGAAGAACUAUGAAUAUCAUGUCUUCUGGCCAGACGCUAACACUGCCCGUUACCCCUUCACGGAGGCUGUGACUGGUUUCUACCAGGCUGCUGUGGUCAGACAUCCCAAGCUGGGUGCUGUGGCGAAGCGUGUCUUUGCCACCACCCUGCCCCAGCCCCUGUUAGCUGUGACCUUACCAGAGCAGGUGCAGAGGGGCCUUGGGAAGGCAGCGGAUGCUGGCACCUAUGACUGGCCCCGCUUUUACUGCGAGCUUGUGCUGCCCAAGUUGGAAGACCUCUCUGUUGUUGACCGGGACCCGCUGCUUCUCCAUGCGCUGGAUAUGUCCCAUGAUGAUGUGGACAAAGUGCUGCAGACAGUGCCCUGCAUACCCCUCAUGGCCACCUGCAGCUCAUCAAUUUCCUGGUCCAUCCCCGAGGCCGCACUGCCUCUUUAUAUGACCCUGAAGAUGGGCGCUUCCCCACUGGGGACGCCUUCCUUUCCCCAGAAAGACUAA